GCGGUGACUGCGGGGAUGGUGACGUCGCCCACGUGGGCGUUGUGCGCAUAGUGGAGGGUUGGGCGGUAGCGGCGGCGGCGGCUUUAACUGCGGCAGCUCGACUAGGGCGACGGGAGAAUCCCCGUGACCGGCGGUCGAGUUAGGCAGUCGAGCGGGUGGAUUCGCGCUCGCUGUGCUUUGCGGAGCUUAUAGUAGAUACCGUGCUACACGCAGAGGAGGUGGUGCGCGAGGGGCUGCGGGAGCGGAGUCCGCUCCUCGGCUUCGUAGCGCCCACCUCCUUCUCUGCUGCCGGCACGCAUUUUGUCACCUCUGUGCUAGCAACUUCACGGUACCUGUGUGUCUGUGCCCGCGUGUGGGCAGCGCAGACGGACUUUUGGGUCGGGGUGGGCGGGAGAUGUGGGGCUUUACGGAGGCCGCCUCUGCUUUACCCGCCCCGUAGCGGGAAGGAGCCGAGGCCCCGCCAUGGCCUCGGGGGCCAGAGGACCAGGAUGGGGCGCCGGCGGCGGCAAGAUCCCGACGAGGCGUUGCCACCUGCGCUCAGGUCAACCUUACCAGCACGGUUGGCAGAGGCCCCAGGGCAUUCUUCGCAGAUUUACAGAAUCUCUUAAGAAUAUUGUCCCAAGAUGGCUACAGAGCUACACCAGCAGGAAAGAAGAUAUACACACCUGCUCAGCAGUCAGAAGAGAGGCACAGCAGGGGCCCGAAAAUAGAGAAGAUGACCAUCUGAUAUGUGCUGAUGAGGAGAGCGCUAAUAUUCACGAUGGCAGAAUCACUCCUGAGCCAACAGUCAGUAACACGGAAGAUUCCUCAAGAACUACUGCUUCAAAUUGUCUACAUAUAGUAACGAGGCCUUCUCUUCAUCGGAGCCAUCUGAAUUUCUCCAUGUUGGAAUCUCCUGCAUUAAACUGUCAGCCCUCCACAUCCUCGCCAUUCCCAACUGGCAGUUCUGGAUUUUCAAAAGAAACGGAAGAUUCUGCAUCUCAGCAUAAUGAUGGUAACAUCUCAACUACCAGUGAUCUUUCUUCAAGAGCUUCUGACAAAGAUACAGAUGCUUCCAAGAACAGUGCAGUGGCACAGCUGGGGUUUGUAGAGAAUGAACAUUGUCAUUCCCUCUCAGAAGACACUGCCACCAGCUCCAGUAAACAAGCAUUCAAUGUAUCUGUGUUUGGAACACUAUCGAAAUCAAUUGGGAAGUCUUCCAUCCUUAAAACGAGUCAGCUUGGAGAUUCUUGUUUUUAUCCUGGAAAAACAAUGUGUGGUGGGGCAGGAGCUCCUGUCAGAGAGCCUAAAGUACGGAACACACCAUAUCAGGCACCAGUAAGAACAGAGAUGGAAGCUCAACAACUCAAUGCACAAUCGUGUGGUGUGACUAGUUCAACUGCUACGAGAAUAUUAUUGCAGUCUUUAGAGAAAAUGUCAAGCCCUUUAUUGGAUGCAAAAAGAAUUCCAUGUGUUGUAUUUUCUCCACUGAAUUCUCCUCUUGAUAGGAGUGGUAUAAAUACCACCACAGAUGUUGGGGCGAAAAAGGAAAAGGUGAACUCUCAGUAUCCUCCUGUUCAGAGACUCAUGACCCCAAAGCCAGUCUCCAUAGCAGAAAAUCCAACUGUUUAUUUUAAACCAUCUCUGACCCGCUCUGGUAAAUUAAAGAAGACUGAUCAAAGAAUAGAUAAAACGCUCAAUACUGUAGAUGAAAAAGCUAUGACACCAGGACAAAAUACAGAACAACAAGAAAGUGGUGUUUCUUAUCCAAUCUUAAGUAUGUCUGCAGCCAAUGGUUUACCUUCUGGAGGUAACAAGAUGAAACAGAAAAGAACGUGCUUUGUGGCAACUAAACCUCCACACGAAAAGGAAAUGGAAGGACCAGUAUUACCAAGAAUCACUCUACCCAUGACCAGUUCUUUAUGGCCUCCCGUCAAUUUUAGUUCCUUUGUGUUGACUUCUUCUCCAUCACCGAUUAGUCCUGCACAGUCAUUAAAACUUAAAACUGUACAAAUGACCUCUUCAAACAACACUGACCAUCCCAUAUUCGUAUUUUCAUCUCCAAUUAUAAAAUCUACUGAGGCGUAUGUACUACCUCCAUCAUCUAUUGGAUUUACAGUUAGUGUACCUGUUGGGAAAACAGCAGAACUUUCUGGCUCUAGUAGUGUUUCAGAACCAGUUACAAGUGGUUCAGCUCAAGAUAAUUCUUCAGUGAAGAGUUCAAGCUUAAAGAAGCAGUUAGAUGAAGAUUGUGAGAAGCCUUUGAAACGUGUAAUCUUCAAAGAAGAAAGUGUCCUAGAUGUUCUGAAGAAGCCUGGUUUCACAUCACCGAAGACAGAUUCUCUUGCAACUCAGCCUACCACCACAGGCCCUGUUGUAUACACAAGACCAGCAAUAAGUGGCUUUUCUUCUGGUGGAAUGGCGCGUUCAGAAAGUUUAAAAGCUAGAUCAUCGGGGCAGUGUGAUACUUGUCUACUCCUGAACAAAGUUACAGACAACAAGUGCGUCGUCCGUUAUGCAACAAAAUUGCCACCAAGCGAUACUGCUAAACACUCUGGAAUUGAAAAAUCAAGUAAAAGUAGCAGACCAGCUCUUUCUACAUCAGGGUCAGGUUUUGGAGAAAAAAUUAAACCAACAGUAGGAACUUGGGAUUGUGAUACCUGUUUAGUGAAAAAUAAACCAGAAGCAAGAAGAUGCAUAGCUUGUGAAACACUGAAACCAGGAAUUUGUUUUAAGCGAGUCCUUACAUUGCCAGUGGCUUCAGAAAGUGCUGGAAUUGUGUCUGCUUCAUCUUCAGGCUGCACUGUAACCACUGGUCCCUUAAGAAAGAAAUUCAAAAGGCCCGUGGGGUCUUGGCAAUGUACACUAUGCUGUGUGUAUAAUAAUGCUGAAGACAAGAAAUGUGUGUCCUGUGAAAAACCAGAUCAAAGUUCUGCAAAGCCCAAUUUUAGUUCCUUGAACAACAGUUCCUCUAAUUCAGGUCCACCAGCCACUUCAGCUACUGGCAGUAUAUUUGGUAGUUCCAUGUCCUCCUCCAGGGCAGCUGUGGCUGCCUCUGUGUACAGACAGGCCAGCACUGUGAGCAGCUCAGCCUUUGGUCAUGGGUCCAGUACAUCUCAGUUUUUGGUGUUUUCUAAAGAAAGCAAACCAGCAACCAUGUCUACCACGGGUACAGCUGUUACCCCAUGUGUCUCUGGUGCAGGAGUCUGCAGUAAUAAUACUGUAAGGUCUGGUUUCAACUUUGGAGCUACAGCCACAUCUAGCACUCUAGGAUCCUCCUGUGUAUUUGGCACUGGACCUUCAGCACCAUUUGCUAAUCCAGCAUUUAGUGUGAACCAGACACCAACAUUUGGACAAAGUCAAGCUGCCUGCCAGUGGAAUUCCCCAGGCUUUGGAUGUCUAUCAUCCUAUAGAGUAUUAUUUUCUUCUGGUACUCAGUCCGCACCACCUGCUAUUGGGGGAACAUCAAGCGGUGGCCACUCUCCUGUGUUUAGACAACAGCCUGGUCAGUCUGCAUUUGGCUUUGGAACAGCUCCUAAUUCCAGCUUUAACUUCCUCUGCACUGAUCUUCAAGCAGAAUCUGCAUUGCUGGCCGACAUCAGCUUUUCGGUCCCUCUUCUAACAAGUUCAGGGAGGACUCGAGCCAGAAGUCCACAGGAUCAUUCUUCAUCCUGGGACUGUGCUCCCGAACCUAAAUGUGCACUGAACUCCCCAGGGGUGUCUGUCAGGGAGGCGCCUCUUCACAUUUCCAUUCCCAGCUUCACACCUAAGAUUUCGCUUCACUUCUAG